CUAAUUCGUCACGACCCCAGACUCCAUUCGCUAGCGGCAGAGUCAGCCACUCCCGCGACCCACCCAUCCACCAGCGUGCAGACCGUCGCGCCCUUUGCAGGAACGCGCCAAAGCUGUCAUGAGGCUCUCCGCAGCCUUAUAUCCACUGCAACCUGCGUCGAUCCGUUACCUCCUUUUGUUUCCGGCCUGACCAGAAGUGCGCGAUUUGUGCAAGGCUGCAUACCUUAGGUCCCAAACCUCCAUCAAGUACACAGCAAGCGCGCCGACAUGUUGCAACCACCGGAGCCGGUCUCGCGGCCGCUCAGUAUAAGGACGACGGGCACCAGUGCCACGGUGCAGGACAAAACUGGAGAAACCUGGAAGAUGAACGUUACCAAGGACAACUGCUGGGAGGACUUGAUACUCACGCUAGAUGGAGGUGGCAUCCGUGGCUACUCAAGCCUCCUGAUUAUUCAACGCCUCAUGCACGAGAUUGCAAUAUGCGAACGCCGAUUACAAACACAAGAAGGCCCUGUAGAGGGCAGCGAACGACGCGAAUUCAAUGAAGACGAACUAUUGCCAUGUCAUUACUUUGACUUCAUGUACGGAACGAGUACGGGCGGACUCAUCUCCGUCAUGCUGGCUAGGUUGCGUAUGAGCGUACCACAAUGCCUCGAACUAUACCGUAAAGUAGGACACGAGCUGUUUGGACACAGGAGGAGUGUGCUGCCUCUGGCUACCAAAUACCACCACAAGCCAUUAGAGAAAGCCGUGCAAGAUAUCGUCAGGCAAUACUGCAAGGAGCACAACCACUGUAUAGGAGAUGACUGGCACCCAUGGGUUCUAGAGGAAGAGAGCACUCCAGUGCAAGCGACGGUCAACGAACCAGGUAUGGGCUCAUUACAAAGCUCAACUACCUGGUCAAGUGGUGGUGAGCCGUCAAUCAGAGGCAGGCCAACAGAGCGGAUAUGUCAAUCUAUCUGUCUGACUGCCACCCACUCUGGCCAAAUCGACGAAGCACACCUUCUCCGCUCAUACAACCACCAAUACGAUCCCGAUAUCGCUCCACCCUGGGUUACAAACUACAAUGCCGGUGCCGACAAAUUGAAGAUAUGGCAGGUGACACGAGCUACGUCUGCAGCUCCUUUCUACUUUGAGAUGCUCACCGCCGAGAUCGGCAGCGGGAGAAACAGAAAGCGAGUGAGCUUCAAAGAUGGAGGAAUUCGCGAAAACAACCCCUCGUAUGCUGCUUAUAGUGAGCACGCUUCGCUGAACGGUGACGAUAAAGAGCCAGGUUUGUUACUUUCUAUCGGGACAGGACGCCCGGAUACCACAAAUGACGGAUUCGCGGCGGUUUGGCCUGGCCCAUUAGGCAAGGUCAAGGCGCUGCAGAAGUGGAGUGAGAAGCUGGCUGUUUUCAAGAACGUCUUGAUCAAAUACACCGAAGGUGAAGAUCGUCAUAAGAUGAUGCGUACAAUAGCCAAGGGAGAACAUCGAUGGUACAAGCGCCUCAACGUCGACAAAGGGCUUGAAGGCCUACCACUUGACAGCUGGGAGAAGGGACCAUGGACCAAUCCGCAAACGAAUGAAAGGAAAGAGGUUCCUGGAGGUAAAACGCUUUCCACUAUGGAGCAAGCAACGAACGCAUAUCUUGAGAGGAAUACGAUCGCCAGCCCAGGAGGCCUGACCGAGUACCAGCCUCCUAAGAUUGUUUUGCAACAGGUAGCGGAAAGGCUGGUGCGGCAUAGGAGGUUAAGGGAAGCAACGAAAGCGGACGACCCCAGGAGAUGGCAGACACAUAUGGGUCAAUGGCUUACCGGCGAGUUGAAGCCAGAGGACGCUAUGCGAGUCCCUAUUAAGCCAGAGCCUAGAAAGGGUUCGCGGGGCUUCGUCUCUGGGUCCCGCCCCAUAACGCCCAGCGGCAAAGCACCCGACAUUGCUUCGUGAAGUCCCAAGCUUCGCGGACAAUCCCGGACCAUCCCGCUGCCCAACUUUUAUCUUCUAUCUGGGGAAUUAUCAAAGACCUUUCCUGGCUGGGGGACUGCCACUCGCAAAGCCCCAAAUCACGUCCAGCAGUGCUAUCCUUCAAUCUCUCAGCCUUCCGCAGAGCAAAGUCUGCAGCAUCGGCAUUUCCUGUCAUUCCUACGUACGGCAUGCACCACCCCUGACCCUGCAAGGCGUAGCAUGGCAUAGCAUGGCAUUUUGGCGCACAUCAUCCUGAUUCUUCUCUGAGUUACCGCUUCGAAGCAUUUGUCAUCGCAUGUUAGCGUUGA